CUUCCAUCCCAUCUCUCCUGGCCUAGGAGGGAGAGGACAAAAUCGAGUAUCGUGCCUGGAACCCCUUCCGCUCCAAGCUGGCAGCAGCGAUCCUGGGCGGAGUGGACCAAAUCCACAUCAAGCCAGGGGCCAAGGUGCUCUACCUUGGGGCUGCCUCGGGCACCACCGUCUCUCAUGUCUCUGACAUCGUAGGCCCGGAUGGUCUGGUCUAUGCAGUUGAGUUUUCCCACCGCUCUGGCCGUGACCUCAUUAACUUGGCCAAGAAGAGGACUAACAUUAUUCCUGUCAUUGAAGAUGCUCGGCACCCGCACAAAUACCGCAUGCUCAUUGCAAUGGUGGAUGUGAUCUUUGCCGAUGUGGCCCAGCCAGACCAGACCCGGAUUGUAGCCCUGAAUGCCCACACCUUCCUACGUAAUGGAGGACACUUUGUGAUUUCCAUUAAGGCUAACUGCAUUGACUCCACCGCAUCUGCUGAGGCAGUAUUUGCCUCUGAAGUGAAAAAAAUGCAACAGGAAAACAUGAAGCCCCAGGAGCAGUUGACUUUAGAGCCAUAUGAAAGAGACCACGCUGUGGUGGUGGGUGUGUACAGGCCGCCCCCCAAGGUGAAGAACUGAAGGCUGGCUCUUCAUCUGGAUUGCUAGAGAUUGUGUUGCUACUGUUACUCGUGUGUUUUUCUAUUAAAAGACUAAUCCGUCCU